CACUACGAAGGUACAUUUAAACAGAAGUGUGGAGGGGAGGCACGUAUAGACGAGGAGAAGGAGACACGCACGUAUUUUCAGGGACGACAACAACAACAACAACAACAACAACAAACUCUCCUAUCGAGGAUCAAUCAAGUAGCCUAACAUUUGUUGGAAAUUUCGUUUGGAGAUGUCUAACGUCCAGUUAUCGUGUAGCGCACUGGAGAGGCUGGUGGCCCGGAGGACCUUCCCUCUCCACCGGCGCACCAGCGUCUGCCGCAACCUCUUCGGCCCGGUGGAUCACGACGAGCUGAACCGGGAGAUGAAAACCAAACUUAAGGAGAUUUCCGAGAGGGACCAGCAGAGGUGGAACUUUAAUUUCGAAACCAACACCCCGCAGAAUGGGGAUUACGCAUGGGAAGAGGUGUCCUUGGAUAAGACCCCGGUAUUUUAUCAGGACUCCGUACAGACCGAGAGGACAAGGGUGACAGAGACGCCCGUCAAGCAGACACCCACCCCCUCGGACUCUCCUCUCCCGGAGACUCCGCGCAUGGAUGUACUGGAGCGCUUGGCCCUGCCGGAGGAGAGCAGCAGCACUCCCUGUCCGGCGCAGGUCAACCAGGAGAACCGUACAGACAAGCUGAACUCAGGGAGGUCGACUCACAGACAGGUCCCGUGUGCGAGACGUAAGAGGACUGCCACCCCCGAAAACAACACACACAUCACAGAUUUUUUCGUGAAACGAAAAAGGGCUGCUGACAGAAAAUCGAGUGACAUGAGUGCCUGCCACCUCUCAAAGUCUCCAAUCCCGUUGGAACAAACUCCACGAAAGAGGAUUCGUUGAAGGUGGUUUUUUUUAAAUUUUAUUUUGCACUAUUUGCCUGCGCAUGUUUUGAGGAUCAAGUGAGGAUAUCUUCUCGAUACUUCCAGAAGACCUCGGGUGACGCUGUGUAUGAGUGGGGAGACAUAAAAGCCCGGCCGGACGGCUGCUCCGACUCGCUGCGCCCCGGCGGAGCGCAGCCUGAACACCGGAGCAGACUCUCAGGACUGAACGGUUUGGGGGGGGAAAGAGGGCGGAAAAGGAGAGGGGAAAAACUUCGCCGAAUUACUUCUUAUCCAGUACAAAUGUAGCAUUGUUGCUUUGCAUACAGCCACUCGACAGUGUUAAAUGUUUUAACAUCUGUGCAAUCCUAAAUAACUUUAAAAAGAAUUGUCUACACUGGCCAAAAGUGUACAGCUUUAUAGAGACAGUAGCUUAUUAUUGUUUAUUUCUGUUUCUGGUUUUUCUGUAAAUGCAUAUUUUUAAGACUAUUUUAACUUAUAAUUUAUUUAUGUUUCUUGAUAUUUGUUAAAUGCCUUGUUGAUUUAGCCAAUGGGCAUACUUUUAUUUUAUACUAUUUUAUUAUUUGCAUUUUUUCUUUUUUUUUUGGUAUUUUGUGAUGUUUCUGCAAUCAUGUAGCUUCUCUAUAAUAGUCUACACUUGAAAAAAAAAAUAGAUGUCUUUGUGUUUCUGAGCCGUUUAUUUGUGUGUGUUUUCGUACAAGUGCCCUAAUGAUGUCUCACGAAAGAUGAGAAUAAAAUAUUUUCACUUCAACUUUAAA